AUGUCCAUCCCACCUAUGAGUGAAACAGCAGCAAGUGAAGUGAAAUGCAUAGAAGUGAAAUGCAUAGAAGUGAAAUGCAUAGAAGUGAAAUGCAUAGAAGUGAAAUGCAUAGAAGUGAAAUGCAUAGAAGUGAAAUGCAUAGAAGUGAAAUGCAUAGAAGUGAAAUGCAUAGAAGUGAAAUGCAUAGAAGUGAAAUGCAUAGAAGUGAAAUGCAUAGAAGUGAAAUGCAUAGAAGUGAAAUGCAUAGAAGUGAAAUGCAUAGAAGUGAAAUGCAUAGAAGUGAAAUGCAUAGAAGUGAAAUGCAUAGAAGUGAAAUGCAUAGAAGUGAAAUGCAUAGAAGUGAAAUGCAUAGAAGUGAAAUGCAUAGAAGUGAAAUGCAUAGAAGUGAAAUGCAUAGAAGUGAAAUGCAUAGAAGUGAAAUGCAUAGAAGUGAAAUGCAUAGAAGUGAAAUGCAUAGAAGUGAAAUGCAUAGAAGUGAAAUGCAUAGAAGUGAAAUGCAUAGAAGUGAAAUGCAUAGAAGUGAAAUGCAUAGAAGUGAAAUGCAUAGAAGUGAAAUGCAUAGAAGUGAAAUGCAUAGAAGUGAAAUGCAUAGAAGUGAAAUGCAUAGAAGUGAAAUGCAUAGAAGUGAAAUGCAUAGAAGUGAAAUGCAUAGAAGUGAAAUGCAUAGAAGUGAAAUGCAUAGAAGUGAAAUGCAUAGAAGUGAAAUGCAUAGAAGUGAAAUGCAUAGAAGUGAAAUGCAUAGAAGUGAAAUGCAUAGAAGUGAAAUGCAUAGAAGUGAAAUGCAUAGAAGUGAAAUGCAUAGAAGUGAAAUGCAUAGAAGUGAAAUGCAUAGAAGUGAAAUGCAUAGAAGUGAAAUGCAUAGAAGUGAAAUGCAUAGAAGUGAAAUGCAUAGAAGUGAAAUGCAUAGAAGUGAAAUGCAUAGAAGUGAAAUGCAUAGAAGUGAAAUGCAUAGAAGUGAAAUGCAUAGAAGUGAAAUGCAUAGAAGUGAAAUGCAUAGAACGCAAAUGUCAGCUUUAUGCUAUUUCAAGCCACAUGUAUAAGAUUUACGUCGCUAGAAUCCGAUACCACGUUUCUCAAGCUGGGAGCCCACCCAUUCCACCAGCUGUCGUCACCACAUUCAACAACGCGCGCUCGACCCUGGUGGGACCUUCUGUUUGUGUAAACAACCGGCUGGCGGCGUAUGCUGACAGCUCGGUUCACUUGGCACGUUAG